GGAGAGACAAAGAGGUUAAGAUGGCAGAACAACAACUAGGAGUGCUAAAGGCACUCGAUGUUGCGAAAACGCAACUUUACCAUUUCACGGCGAUUGUCAUCGCCGGUAUGGGUUUCUUUACUGAUGCAUACGAUCUCUUCUGCGUCUCCUUGGUGACCAAACUUCUUGGCCGCCUCUACUACUUCAAUCCGUUGUCAGAAAAGCCUGGUUCACUUCCACCCCAUGUUGCAGCUGCGGUCAAUGGUGUUGCUCUCUGUGGGACUCUUGCUGGUCAACUUUUCUUCGGAUGGCUCGGUGAUAAGCUCGGAAGGAAAAAAGUGUAUGGUAUCACUUUGAUCAUGAUGAUCGUGUGCUCAGUGGCUUCCGGUCUCUCCUUCGGUAGCAAAGCCAAGGGUGUCAUGACAACUCUUUGCUUCUUCAGGUUUUGGUUGGGAUUCGGUAUUGGAGGCGACUACCCUCUUUCUGCCACCAUUAUGUCCGAAUAUGCUAACAAGAAGACUCGUGGUGCUUUCAUCGCUGCUGUGUUUGCCAUGCAAGGUGUUGGUAUCUUAGCUGGAGGUUUUGUGGCGCUUGCUGUCUCUACCAUUUUUGACAAAAAUUUCCCAGCUCCUACCUAUGCAGUCGACAGGGCUCUCUCAACCCCUCCACAAGCUGAUUACAUUUGGCGAAUUAUCGUUAUGUUUGGUGCUCUACCCGCUGCCUUGACGUACUACUGGCGUAUGAAGAUGCCCGAAACUGCUCGUUACACCGCUUUGGUGGCAAAAAACAUCAAACAAGCAACACAAGACAUGUCCAGGGUCUUACAAGUGGACAUUGAGAUGGAGGAAAGAGCAGAGGAAAUCGUGCAAGAUCCUAGACUUAACUAUGGCUUGUUCUCCAAGGAAUUUGCCAAACGCCAUGGUCUUCCCCUCCUCGGAUGUACCUCCACUUGGUUCUUGCUUGACAUUGCAUUUUACAGCCAAAACUUGUUCCAAAAAGAUAUUUUCUCGGCUAUCGGAUGGAUCCCUAAGGCAGCAACCAUGAACGCAAUCCACGAGGUCUUCAUGAUCGCUAGGGCACAAACACUCAUUGCGCUUUGCAGUACAGUCCCCGGCUACUGGUUCACGGUUGCAUUUAUUGAUAUCAUGGGAAGAUUUGCGAUUCAGCUAAUGGGAUUCUUCAUGAUGACCAUCUUUAUGUUUGCCAUCGCCUUCCCAUACGACCAUUGGAUCAAACCAGACAACCGCAUCGGCUUCGUUGUUAUGUACUCUCUCACCUUUUUCUUUGCCAAUUUCGGUCCAAACGCGACCACCUUCAUUGUACCGGCUGAAAUCUUCCCGGCUAGACUAAGGUCCACAUGCCAUGGAAUAUCAGCUGCCACAGGUAAGGCUGGAGCCAUAGUGGGUGCUUUUGGUUUCCUAUACGCGGCUCAGCCACAGGACAAGACCAAGACGGAUGCAGGAUAUCCACCGGGCAUUGGAGUCAAGAACUCUUUGAUCAUGCUUGGUGUCAUUAACUUUGUUGGUAUGCUCUUCACCUUCCUUGUCCCUGAGCCCAAGGGUAAAUCCCUUGAAGAGCUCUCCGGUGAGACUGAGGCUGAGAAAUGAUCAAAUGAGAUGUAAUAUUGUUUUUUUUGGUUUGUUUGAACUUUUUUUUUUCAAAUUUAUUUUCCCUUUGCGUGAUGCACUACAAAUGGAUGUUUGUGAUGUAAAUUACUUCAAUUUGUUACUUCCCUAAACGAAAAUCUUGUAAUCCACCCUAUUUUCU